UUCCCCUUUGAGCUGGACCCGUUCCAGAAGAAGGCGCUCGCGGCAGUCGACCGCGGCGAGUCGGUGCUCGUCGCGGCGCACACCUCGGCCGGCAAGACUGUCGUCGCGCAGUACGCCGUCGCCACCUCGCUGCGCGGCAAGCAGCGGGUCGUCUACACGUCGCCGAUCAAGGCGCUGUCAAACCAAAAGUACCGCGAGCUGAUGGCGCAGUUCCGGGACGUCGGGCUGAUGACGGGGGACGUGAGCAUCAACGUCGACGCCUCGGUCCUCGUGAUGACGACCGAGAUCCUGCGCAACAUGCUCUACCGCGGCCACGAGCUCGUGCGCGAGGUGCAGUGGGUGAUCUUCGACGAGGUGCACUACAUGCGCGACAAGGAGCGCGGCGUCAUCUGGGAGGAGUGCAUCGUCCUCGCGCCCUCCGCCGCGCGCUUCGUCUUCCUCUCCGCCACCAUCCCAAACGCUGCAGAGUUUGCCGGCUGGAUCGCAGCUACGCACGGCAGGCCCUGCCACAUCGUCUCGACGCCGCACCGGCCGACGCCGCUCGAGCACUGGGCGCUGCCCGCCGGGGCGGACGGCCUCUACCUGCUCAAGAGCGCGGACGGCGCCUUCCACACCGCCAACUUCGACGCGGCGAUGCUGGCCCUGCGCAAGCCCGCCGGCGCCGCCGCCGCGGCGAAAGCGGGCUCGCGCGACUCGCCCAACUUGCGCCGGCUGCUCGCGCAGCUUCAGCGGCGGCAGCUGACGCCCGCCAUCAUCUUCGCCUUCUCGCGGCGCGAGUGCGAGGGCGCGGCGAUGCACGCGCGCUCGCUCGAGCCGCUCGGCGAGGAGCAGCAGGCGGCGGCGGCGGUGCGUCAAGUCUUCGAGGCGGCGGUCGACACGCUCUCCGAGGCCGACCAGCGCGUGACGCAGAUCGAGGCGAUGCUGCCGCUGCUGCUGCGGGGCGUCGCCGUCCACCACUCGGGGCUCCUGCCGCUGCUCAAGGAGCUCGUCGAGAUCCUCUUCCAGGAGGGGCUCGUCCGCUUCCUCUUCGCGACAGAGACCUUCUCGCUCGGCCUCAACAUGCCGGCGCGCACCGUCGUGUUCACCUCGAUGCGCAAGUGGGACGGGGAAGUGUUCCGGCCGCCCUCCGCCGCGGAGUACAUCCAGAUGUCGGGCCGCGCUGGCCGGCGGGGCCUCGACGCGCAGGGCAUGGUGGUGCUGCUGCUCAACGAGGAGAUCGAGGCGGAGGCGCUGCAGGCGAUGAUGUCCGCCUCGCCGCUGCCGCUCGAGUCCGCCUUCCGGCUGCGAUACAACACGCUGCUCAAGCUCUACGCGCUCGAGUCGUACGACGUCGAGCUGCUCGUCCGGCGCUCCUUCUACACCUACCAGCGCGUCGGCGCCCUGCCGGAGAUCGCGCGGCGGCGGGCGGCGCUCGAGGCGGAGGCGGCCGCGCUGACGCAGCCCGACGAGCCGAGGCUGCGCGAGCUCCUCGCCGCGCGGUCGGAGCGGGCGGGGUGCGAGGUGGCGAUGGAGGCUUUUGUGCGCGCGCCGAAGCACGUGCUGCGGUUCCUGCAGCCCGGCCGGCUGUGCCUCCUCGAGGACGCGUCGCGGGGCGUGAGCCUCGGCUGGGGCGUCCUGCUCGGCUGGCGCGGCACCGCCACCUCCGCGUACGCGCUCGCGCUCGCCGGCGACGCGCCGCAGCCCGCACCGCUGCACGACCCGUCCGCCGAGGCGUGGGUGCUGCCGGUGCGCCUCUCGUGCUUGCAGCAGCUCUCGUCCGUGCGUCUCUGGCUGCCGGACGAGGUGUCCAGCCCGGAAAGCCGCCGCGGCGUGCUGCACGCCUUGCGGCAGGUCUUCGCGGAGCGGCGGCUCGCGGACGCCUCCGCGGCGCGCCAGCUCAAUCUGCGCCCGCUCGAGCACCUUGGCGACAGCUCGCCGGCGUGCAAGCGGGCGAUGGGCUUGCUCGACGCGGCGCGGGAGGAACGGCUCUCGCGCAAGCAGCUCCUCCAGCAGCAGGCGGCUGGCUUGGCGACCGAGGCGGCGGGGGUGGCGUGCGACGAGUUCGGCGAGACGGUACGCCGGAUGCAGCGCGUGCUGCUGCGGCUCGGGCUCGUCGAUUCGGAGCGGGUGGUGUUGCUCAAGGGGCGUGCCGCCGCCGAGGUGGACGCUUCGGACGAGGUGCUCGUGGCUGAGCUGCUCUACCGCGGUUUCUUCAACGAGCUCUCCCCCGCGGCAGCGGCGGCGGUCUGCUCGUGCCUGGUCGCGGCCGACAUGGAGAAGAUCAAGCGGCCACAAACGCCCCUCCCCGCGCUGCAGCCGCCCCUCGCGACCUUGCGCGAGGUGGCCACCGAGGUGGCGCGCGUCUACACGGACGCCGGCAUCGCGACGGACGAGGCCGAAUACGUGCAGCGGUUCGACAGCGGGAUGGUCAACAUGGUGCACGCGUGGUGCGAGGGCGCCACCUUUGCCGAGCUUUGCGACUCGUGCGAGCUCUUUGAGGGCUCCAUCAUCCGCGCUAUCCGCCGGCUGAGCGAGCUGCUUGACGAGCUCAAGUCGGCCGCGAAGGCCAUGGGCAACGACGAGCUGUUCAGCAAGCUCGAGGAGAGCUGUCGCCUCCUCCGACGAGACAUUGUGUUCGCGUCCUCGUUGUACGUU